AGGAGAGGAAGAAGGGAACGGAGCGAGGCUGCGAGAGAGCUUAUCCCGGGAGUGUUUUUGAAACGCAACAGAGGAGCAUCUGACUGGUGGAGUAGAGCGCUGGUGGAGCUGGCAGAGCAUGCAAGAGUGGAGACAGGGGAAUCCAAUGGUGCUGUUGAUCCGGGUGUCCCUGGCAAAAGCUGCUUGAGCAGGAGACUGAAAACAGCGCAGCAGCCAGGAUCUCGCCAGGGGGGCAGCAUUUUACAGCGACAACUGCAUGCAGACGGCUGAAACCUACACACACACACGCUGGGAAACACACAUGAACUCCACUUUCACUACAAACCACUUCUUUUUCUGAAAGGCACAAACUUGCACAGAUACAGAAUGGUAAAUUGUGGAGGAUCCUGGAUGAUGGAGAGAAAAACUUCUGGAGAAGGAAUUAUUUUUUAAACAGGACUUAAAUGCAGAGAUUUUCCCACUAAGAAUAACUUUCUCGAUUCGGGGAGUUGGAGGUUUAAUCCCUCCAUCUACGCACAACACCACAUAACCUGCUAUUCCUAGUUGCAGGAAUUGAGAGCGGUCUUUGAGACCAUUAAAAUGCCUUCUCCUGAUUCAGUCUGAGCAGUAAGUGGAUUAUGACGGCAAUAUUUUGGGAUUUCUUCGCUUGAGAAAGAAAAAGAAAAAGGAGAGAAAAAUAUCCAUGACCGGUGGAUUUACGUCUGUCAGAGAAGGAGAGCAUCCCGAGCAUUUCUGUGGAUUACAGAUGGGCUUUGUGAUCUCCAAGUGCAGUCUCAUGGAUGAUCACUCGCUGCCAGUCAUUAGGAUAAAGUACAAAGAGGGACACAAGUGGCUUGGGCACAGGAGGAGAUUGAUUGAAGUGAUCUGUGUGAAUCCUAUUAAUGCAUCCUGGACUCUGGCCAAGGCAGAAGCUAUGGAGGGGAACACCUCUGUCUAGCAGCCCUAUCUGAUCUGCACCCCCACUGGACAAACCGAGCACCCUCUGCAACCCCUCUUCAACAACACUCCUCCUCUCGCUCAGACAAGGAUGGUACCUCCACCCCCCACCAACAAGCCCCACGUGUGCCUGUCCACCAUCCUGAUCAUGAGCAGCAUGGCCCUGAUUGAUGCCUACCUGGUGGAGCAGAACCACGGGCCAAGAAAGAUUGGCAUCUGCAUCAUGGUGAUGGUGGGUGACAUCUGCUUCCUGAUCGUCCUGCGGUACGUAGCGGUGUGGGUGGGAGCCGAGGUACGAACAGCUAAGCGGGGUUAUGCUAUGAUCCUAUGGUUCCUGUACAUCUUUGUGCUGGAGAUCAAGGUGUACUUUGUGUAUCAAAACUACAAGGCGGACAGGAAGAGCCUGGACGCUCUUGCGAGGAAAGCGUUGACGUUGCUGCUGUCAAUCUGUAUCCCGGUGCUGUUUGUGGUACUGGUUGCUAUCGACCACAUGGAGUAUGUUCGCGCCUUCAAGAAGCGUGAGGAGAUCCGUAAUCGUCUCUUCUGGGUUGUGGUGGACUUGCUGGACAUACUGGACAUCCAGGCCAACCUGUGGGAGCCCCAAAAGAAGGGGCUUCCACUGUGGGCCGAGGGCCUGAUGUUCUUCUACUGCUACAUCCUGCUGUUGGUGCUGCCCUGUGUGUCCUUGAGCGAAAUCAGCAUGCAGGGCAUCAACAUCGUGCCCCACAAAAUGCUCCUGUACCCCAUCCUGAGUCUGGUGACCAUCAACGUCAUCACCCUCUUCAUCCGUGGGGGGAACAUGCUUCUGUACAGGGACGCCAGGGUAUCCGGUAUCUUGAUGGGAAAGAACAUCCUGGCCAUCAUCCUAAAGACCUGCAGCUUUGUGCAGUACAGGAGACAGUUGCAGAACGCUUCUCCUGCCUUUGGGGUGGAGCUGCAGAAAAACUCAGUGGCCCAUGCUCGCCCUGCCCCCAACCCUCCUCAAGUGAUCAUGCAGGACCAGACGCCCCUCCCCGAGGUGACGACGUGUGAGCACACAUGACCCUCAGGAGGCUGGGAGGGCACAAUGUUCCAAAACCUUUUUGGGCAAGUGAACACGCAUUGAUGCUUGACAGCACACAGGACACCGCAGCGGAGGACAGAGAGCAGUGCUUUAACCAAAAGCUGUCAUGGUGUAAAACACAGCAUCACAUGUGACUUUGUGUUUCCUCCUAUGAAUUCAGUUAACUGUGUAUUUUUUCUAACUGUAUAAAAGAUUUUAAAAAAAAGUCAUUACUGCGAGAUUAGAGGAUAUAUUUUUGAAUUGUAUGUGUUGCAUUCUAAUCUUAAAGUUAAGGGUCUGUGUGCUGUGGUGUGUGUAUUUCUGUUGCUCGAAUGUCCUUAGUAGUCGAGGGCUUAACAUGAUGAGCAACUAAUGGGAGAAUCAGAGUAUUGAAAAUAGCAGUUAAAGCGUUCUCUUGAAGGAAGUGUGUUUUCUAUGUGAUUCUUUGAU